AUGCACAAUGACAACGUGAGUCAUUUCUAUGUUCAUAGCUUCUUCAUGCACAAUGACAACGUGAGUCAUUUCUCUGUUUAUACCUUCUUCGUGCAGAGUAGCCAUGUGAGUCAUUUCUGUGUUCAUAGCUUCUUCAUGCACAGUGACAACGUGAGUCAUUUCUGUGUUAAUAGCUUCUUCAUGCACAGUGACAACAGUAACAACGUGAGUCAUUUCUGUGUUCAUAGCUUCUUCAUGCACAGUGACAACGUGAGUCAUUUCUGUGUUCAUAGUUUCUUCAUGCAGAGUAGCCAUGUGAGUCAUUUCUGUGUUCAUAGCUUCUUCAUGCACAAUGACAACGUGAGUCAUUUCUGUGUUUAUAGCUUCUUCAUGCAGAGUAGCCAUGUGAGUCAUUUCUGUGUUCAUAGUUUCUUCAUGCACAAUGACAACGUGAGUCAUUUCUGUGUUCAUAGCUUCUUCAUGCACAAUGACAACGUGAGUCAUUCCUAUGUUCAUAGCUUCUUCAUGCAGAGUAACAAUGUGAGUAAUUUCUGUGUUCAUAGCCUCUUCGUGCACAGUGACAACGUGAGUCAUUUCUAUGUUUAUAGCUUCUUCGUGCAGAGUACAAUGUGUCAUUUCGGUGUUCAUAGCUUCUUCAUGCACAGUGACAACGUGAGUCAUUUAUAUGUUCAUAGUUUCUUCAUGCACAGUGACAAUGUGAGUCAUUUCUGUGUUCAUAGCUUCUUCAUGCACAGUGACAUCGUGAGUCAUUUCUGUGUUCAUAGCUUCUUCAUGCACAAUGACAACGUGAGUAAUUUCUAUGUUCAUAGUUUCUUCAUGCACAGUGACAUCGUGAGUCAUUUCUAUGUUCAUAGCUUCUUCAUGCACAAUGACAACGUGAGUCAUUUAUAUGUUCAUAGUUUCUUCAUGCACAGUGACAUCGUGAGUCAUUUCUGUGUUCAUAGCUUCUUCAUGCACAAUGACAACGUGAGUCAUUUCUAUGUUCAUAGCUUCUUCAUGCACAAUGACAACGUGAGUCAUUUCUGUGUUCAUAGCUUCUUCAUGCACAAUGACAACGUGAGUCAUUUCUGUGUUUAA